AUGUCUCAAACAAGAGAACCCACAAAAGCACAACCACCAACCCUUGGAAAGAUCAAGAACAACCAUCUUCCGGACGACAUGAUAUUCAACAUCUUAGCAAGGCUACCAGUUAAAUCACUCAUCAGAUUCAGGUGUGUUUCUAAAUCCUGUAACUCCUUAAUCACAAGCCCCUAUUUCAUCUCCACUCACCUUAUUAGUUAUAAUAACAAUAAUCAUGAUAAUAAGGAUCGUGGUUAUAUCCUUGACAUGUCAUGUUUCAAUUCUCCUCCUCCUACAAAUAGACCAGUUAUUACGUUUUAUUGCGACCAUGAGUUUGAUAAAAUUUUCCAGUUUGAAGUUCCCUUAAACCUUCCUUCUCAUCAUGCCACCUUCUUAGUCGGUUCGUGCAAUGGCCUUUUGUGUCUGAAUUUUUGUCCUCCACGCACUAUGAUUAAUGUUAUUUACGUGUGGAACCCCAACAUCAGAAAGUUAAAGAGGUUGCCUGAUCCUUGUGAAAGCCAAUCACACCUUGUGUCACUUGGAUUUGGUUAUCAAUCUAAGAGUAUUGACUACAAGGUUGUUAAGAUUUUACGUUGCGUUACCUCUCAACUUGAGGUUGAGGUGUACUUAUCGAAAUCGGAUUCUUGGAGAAGGGCUGGGUUUUCAUUUAGAACUAAUGUUGAGUUUGAAAUUCAUCAUAAUUAUUAUUUGCCAAUCCCAUUCUUUGGUGGAGCUUUGCAUUGGUUAUUAGAUACCAUACCAGAUGAAGAGAACAACAAGAGUGAAAUGAUUUUGUCAUUUGAUAUCGAUAAGGAGACAUUCGAAGAGCUAGCGCCACCUGAUCAUUGCUCAGAUGGAGAGCAUCCUGGGAGAUGUCUUAUGUUAUUUAGGGGGAAGCUAGCUUUGAUUAGAUUUGUGAGCGUUGGUGAACAUAAAUUCACAUGCAUAUGGGUGAUAAAAGAUUAUGGCACACGUAAAUCUUGGAAUAAACCUCUUGUUGUACCCAAAAAAUAUGAUGGUUUCAAUGGUUUCACCAAGUGUGGUUUAAUUCUAUCGCAUGAACAAUUUCGGAUGUCUUCUAAUGGUGAAUUAAGACGAGGAAAAAAACUAAAUAUGUUUUAA